AUGUUUAAUAUUUCAGAGUUUAUUGAGGUGGGUAAACCGGCAAGGGCUUUGGAUACUCUUCAAGAAGUAUUUCGUAAUAAAAAAUGGACAUACAGCUGGCCCGAGUCGGUUCUCGAACCAAUAAUGUUCAAGUACUUAGAUUUAUGUGUAGAUUUAAAAAAAUCACACAUUGCUAAAGAAGGUUUAUUUCAAUAUAGAAAUAUGUUUCAAUCAGUUAAUGUUGGAAGUUUAGAAAAUGUUAUUCGUGGUUAUUUACGUAUGGCUGAAGAAAAAACUGAUAAUGCUAGAAAACAAAGUCAACAAGCUGUUGUUGAUAUUGAUGAUCUUGAUAUGCUUGCAACACCAGAAAGUAUAUUGCUAUCAGCAGUUAGUGGUGAAGAUGCACAAGAUCGUAGUGAUCGUACAAUCUUAACACCAUGGGUUAAAUUUUUAUGGGAAUCAUAUUGUCAAUGUCUUGAAUUAUUACGUACAAAUGCACAUGUUGAAACAUUGUAUCAUGAUAUUGCAAGAAUGGCAUUUCAAUUUUGUUUAGAAUACAAUCGUAAAACUGAAUUUCGUAAAUUAUGUGAAAAAUUACGUAAACAUUUAGAAGAAAUAUGUAAAUUACCACAAUUAGUAUCAAAUGUAUCAAUGAAUAAAUCUGAAACUCAACAACUUAAUUUAGAAACACGUUUAAUACAAUUAGACUCAGCAAUACAAAUGGAAUUAUGGCAAGAGGCAUAUAAAGCAACUGAAGAUAUUCAUGGUUUAAUGAAUCUUGCUAAAAAACAACCAGUACCAAAAACAAUGGCAAAUUAUUAUCAAAAAUUAGCUAUGGUAUUUUGGAAAGCUGGUAACUUUUUAUUUCAUGCUGCUGCAUUAUUAAAAUUAUUUCAAUUAUCACGUGAAAUGAAAAAAAAUAUGUCACCAGAAGAACAACAAAGAAUGGCUAAUCGUGUAUUACUAGCAACAUUAUCAAUACCAUUACCAUCAGCUCAUCCUGAAUUUGAUCGUUUUAUUGAAACAGAUAAAAGUCCAUUAGAAAAAGCUCAAAAAUUAGCUGUAUUAUUGGGUUUAAAUCAACCACCAACACGUGCAUCAUUAUUACGUGAUAUUGUACGUUUAAAUGUUGUUAAUUUAGCAUCACCACAAUUACAAGACCUAUAUUCAUGGCUUGAAGUUGAUUUUCAUCCAUUGGAAUUAUGCUCAAGAGUACAUUCUGUUAUUCAAACAUUACAAGUUGAUGAAACAAGUCCAUUGGCACAAUAUGUUAAUGCACUUCAAGAUGUUACACUUGUACGUCUUGUACAUCAAGUAUCACAAGUUUAUCAAAUAAUACAUUUUUCACGUUUACUUGAAUUGGCUAAAUUCACUGAUGCAUUUCAUCUUGAACGUUUACUUGUUGAUUGUGUACGUUAUAAUGAUAUGCAAAUUAGAAUUGAUCAUGGUAAACGUUGUAUUAAUUUUGGUGUUGAUUUAAGUGAAGCACAACGUGAAGAUCAUCCAGAUGGUCCUGUAUUACAAGCUAUGCCAUCAGAACAAAUACGUUGUCAAUUAGUUAAUAUGGCAACUGUAUUACAUCGUGCUAUUAAUGUUAUUAAUCCAAAUAAACGUAAACAAGAACGUGAAAAAUUACGUGCACAAAUGGUUGCACUUUAUCAUGAAACUAAAAAUAAAGAUCAUCAUCGUAUUCUUGAAAGACAAGUUAUUAUUGAACAACGUAAAGAAUAUAUUGAACGUGUUAAUACAAUACGUGAAGAAGAAGAAUUACGUCGUCAUGAAGAAUUAGCACGUCAACAAGCAUUGGCUGAACAAAAACGUCUUGAACAAGAACGUGAAGAACGUGAACGUAAACGUCAACAAAGUGAAAUACAACAAAUAAAAGAUCGUCAUUUAAAAGAAAAAAUGCAACAAAUAUCACAAACAAGCCAUGGACAAAAAGUCCUUAAAAAACUUGAUGAAGAUGAAAUUAAAAAAUUAGAUGCUGAACAAAUUGCAGCAAGAGAAGCUGAAGAAUUACAAAAAGAAAGACGUGAAUUACAACAAAAACUUAAAUCACAAGAAAAAAAAGUUGAUUAUUUAGAAAGAGCUAAACGUAUUGAAGAAAUUCCAUUACUUGAAAAAGCUGUUGAAAAAAAAAUGGAACUUGCUAAACAACUUUGGGAACAACAAGAACAAGAACGUAUUGCUGCUGCAAUUGAAGAACGUAAUCAAGCUGUUUUAACACGUGAACGUAUGUUACAUAUGAAACCAAAUGCUGAUGAAUUUUUAGCUGAUAUAUUAGCAACAAGAAGAAAUAUUUAUGAAGAAAAAUUACGUGAAUUUAAUAUUAGAUUAAAUGAAGAACGUAUUAAACGUCUAGCUGAUCGUAGAAUACAAAGAAGAGCUGAACGUAAAGCUAAAGCUGAAAAAGAAAGAGCUGAAGCUGCUGAAAGAAAACGUCUUGAAGAAUUACGUAUUAAAGAAGAAGAAGAAAAAAAACGCAUGGAAGAAGAACGUGCUAUUCGUGAAGAAGAAGAAAAAAUAAGAAGAGCUGCAUUUGAAGCUGAAGAAGCUGAAAGACUAGCUAAAUUAGAAAAACAAGCUGAAAUUAAACGUGCUAAAGAAGCAUUAAUUGAAAAGAAACUUGAAGAAGAAAAACGUAAAUUGGCCAUGAUUGAUAAUGAUGGUGAUCCACGUUGGAGACGUGGUGGAGGUGGUGGUGGUGGUUAUCGUGAUCGUAAUCGUGAUACAAUUGCUGAUCGUGAUGGUGAUGAAACAAAAAGUGUUACAACAUCAUCAUCAUGGCGUUCAGAGCCAAGAGCUGAAAUUAAACAAAAAGAUGAUGAAGAUAAAAAACGUCGACCUGAAGAAGAACGUAAAUGGUCAAAUGAUCGUUAUAACAAGGACAAAGAUGAUGGGUUUGAAAGAUCUGAUCGUCCUCCACAAAGUCGUGGUGGUGGUGGUAGCAGUAUGGGUGGUUGGAGACGUGGUGGUGAUGAUCGUCGUGAUGAUAGACGUGAUGAUCGUGGAUCCCAAAGAAGAAUGGCUGGUGGACCACGUGAUGACGAUAGAUCUAAACCCCAACGAUCAUCUGGACCAUCUGAUUGGCGUACAAGAGAUCAACAACAACCACAACAACAAGAAAUACGUCGUGAAAUACCCAAGCGUGAAGAAAGAGAAGAACAGCCAAAACGUGAUGAACCCCCACGUGAAGCUCCUGAAGAUGAUGGAGGUUGGUCCAAAGUGAGCAACAAACGUUAAUUUUUCAAUAAUUAAUAACAAAUUAAAAAAAAAAAAAUUCGAUAUUCCCAGUCUUUUUUUUUUUUUUUUUUUUAAUAUAUAAGUAUA